CAGGAGGUUGGAUGUGCCUUGGGUCGGAGUCAGGCCAGACUGGGAGUUAGCUGGCGGAUGGGAUGGGGAGGAGUGGGCUCUUGCCAAGGGAAGGGAGGAGGAAGGGAGGAGUUGGGGUCAUGGGGCAGCCCCCUCUGCCUUUGAGUGUGCUCGAGGGUUAUGGGGCCAGCAGGGGGCCAUGCCUGUUAAUGGGAUGAUUAUGGAGGGUGGUGGGAUGGUUAGGGAACAAUCGGAAUGUGUGCUAGUUAGGCGUGACACUAGCGAGUGGCAGGUGGUGGAGAGAGAGGUGGAGGGAGGAGAGACUUGGAGGGUCGGAGCAGAUGCACUGCAGGAAGUGAGCUGGGCAGAUCGGCUCAGCGCAGCGGAAUCAGGUGGUGACUGCGCUGUUGGCUGCGUGGAUUCUCUGCAAGCCAGGACUUGUCAGCACGCGUCAGACCAGCCUUUAAGAACCUUCACGAACUCUCCUUCGCCCGAGGCGUUUCUCCACUCUCCUAUCCAUCAUCUUAGCUUUCCUCAUCUCAUCUUUCCUCCUGCUCAUCAACGAGCUCGUUUUCCCUUCCGUCCACCUCCUCGUCCUCCUCCUCAUGCUUCUUCUGCUUCUACGGCCUCCUCCUCUCCUGCUGCUGCUGCUGCUGCUGCUGCUGCUGCUGCUGCUGCUGCUGCUGCUGCUCUUCCUCCUCUUUCUGCUGCUGGUGCGGAAGGUGAACAAUGGCUGUGGGUGCAGCAGAACAAAAUGCAGCAGGCAACAGUAGGCGCAAUGGCAGGGACACUUGUUGCUGCAGGGGAGUGCAGCUGCCUGUGUGGGUGCUCUCUCUGACCGCUCUGCUCGCCUGUGCUGCUGCCAGGCACUUGCUCGUGCAAAGGCAGCAGCUGCAGCAGCUUAGGAAGGACAGGGACCAGUGGAGGGGCGGAUAUUUGAGGAUAAAGCAAGCUCUGGUGCUUGCAAGAGGAGGGAAUGUGCGUUUUUGCACAUAGCAUACGAAUAUUGGUGCAAUCCUAGCUGCUCUGCUCGCCUGUGCUGCUGCCAGGCACUUGCUCGUGCAAAGGCAGCAGCUGCUGCUGCUUAGGAAGGACAGGGACCAGUGGAAGGGCGGGUAUUUGAGGAUGAAGCAAGCUCUGGUGUUUGGAGAGGGGGGAAUGUGUUUUUAUUCGCGUAGUAUAAGAGUAGAGGACUGGUGGUGGUGCUCUGGUUGCCUGUACCGUUGUCUGCCAGUCCAUUCUGGUGGAAAGGAAGCAGCUGCUGCAGCUUAGGAUGGACAGAGACUAGUGGAGGGGUGGCUAUUUUGAGAAUUACCAGUGGGGAAGCUGUGAUUCUUGCGAAUGCUGAGUUGUUGCUGCUCUGAUUUGAUAGCGUGACAAGGAACA